AUGGUGACAGCAGCCUUCCUCCUCGUCGCCAUCGUGGUCCUCUCAGGCGGCGCCUCUACGUCUAGGACGGCGGCGGCGAGGCGGCAUCAUCACCACUACACCGACGACUACGAGGCGGUGUUCGAGCGGCAGGAGGCUGACCGUGUGGAGGCCCUGCCGGGGCAGCCGUCGGAGGUGGGGUUCCGGCACUUCUCCGGGUACGUAACGGUGAACCAGACGCACGGCCGCGCGCUCUUCUACUGGUUCCUGGAGGCCACCCACAACGUGCAAAAGAAACCGGUGGUGCUGUGGCUCAACGGCGGGCCCGGCUGCUCGUCGCUGGGCACCGGUGCAAUCCAGGAGCUGGGACCCUUCCUGAUCCAAAACCCUGGAACAAAUCGCCAUGAGCUCCGGCUCAACCCUGAAUCAUGGAACAGAGAGGCGAAUCUGCUCUUCUUGGAAUCCCCUGCCGGUGUUGGCUUCUCUUACACCAACACCACCUCGGAUCUCCAAGAGUUUGGCGACGAGCUCACCGCCCAUGACGCCUACACCUUCCUGGUGGAGUGGUUCAAGAGGUUCCCGCAGUUCAAGGGCCAUGAUUUCUACAUCACCGGGGAGAGCUACGCAGGACACUACGUGCCCCAGCUCGCCGAGAAGAUCUUGGAGAUGAACAGGAAGGUCCACAAGAGCCGCCACAUCUACCUCAGGGGAUUCAUGAUCGGGAACGCCGCGAUCGACGACGCCUCCGACGACCGCGGCAUGGUGGAGUACGCCUGGGACCACGCCGUCAUCUCCGACGAGCUCCACUCCGCCAUCGCCACAUACUGCGACUUCUCCAGGAACGACGCCGCUAGCGACUUCUCCAGCGACGCCGCGGCCAGCCAGCAGAGCGACGCCUGCGACCAAGCCAUGGACGCCUUCUACGAAGCCUUCGACGACAUCGACAUCUACAGCCUCUACACCCCCGUCUGCACCAACUCAUCGUCGUCGUCGUCGUUCUCCCGCAGGGGCGGCGGGGCGGCCGCCAUGGCCAAGAACAAGCGUCGCCGCCGGCGCCGGCGGUACGUGUACGGAGACUACGACCCGUGCCUGGACCAGUACGCCAUCUCCUACCUGAACCGCGGUGACGUGCAGAGGGCGCUGCACGCCAACGUGACGGGCAGCAUCCCCUACAGCUGGGCGCCCUGCAGCGACGCGCUGUUCCAGCAAUGGCAGGACUCGCCGGCGUCCACCCUGCCGGCGAUCCGGAGGCUGGCCGACGCAGGGCUCCGCGUGUGGGUGUACAGCGGCGACACGGACGCACGCGUGCCCGUCACGUCCACACGCUACGCGCUGCGAAAGCUUGGGCUCGCCACCGUGGAGCCCUGGAGGGAGUGGUUCACCAGCGACCAGGUCGGCGGCUACACCGUCGCCUACCACAGCCUCACCUUCGUCACCGUCCGCGGCGCCGGCCACAUGGUGCCCACCGUCAAGCCCGUCCAGGCGCGCCAACUGCUCGCGCAUUUCCUCGCCGGCAAGGACCUGCCUCGCACGCCGCCGGCCAUCCUCGCUGAGGAUGAUUCGUAG